CUGUCGAGCUCAGACAUCAACAAGCGAGGCGAGCGGGUUACCGAUGCGGGUUUUCUUCAUCACUCACCCACCUCAAGGAUAACUAUUGUCCCACUAGCUUCGAGAAACUCCACGACAAGAUGUUUGGCUUUCACAAGCCCAAAAUGUACCGGAGUUUGGACGGAUGCUGCAUCUGCCGCGCAAAGUCGUCCAGCUCCCGCUUCACGGACAGCAAGAGGUACGAGAAGGACUUCAGGAGCUGCUUUGGGCUGUGCGAGACGCGUUCCGGAGAGAUCUGCAACGCCUGCGUCCUCCUCGUGAAGCGGUGGAAAAAGCUUCCUGUGGGAACCAAGAAGAACUGGAACCACGUUGUUGACGCCAGAGGAGGCCCCAGCCUGAAGCUCACCUCCAGACCCAAGAAGAUGAAGUCCGUCUCCAAGAAGGCGCGACCGAAUCAGAUCAGCCGUCUGCAGAAGGAGCUCAAAAGAAACAAUUCAGACGCUCACAGCACGACCUCCAGCGCCUCUCCCGCUCAGUCCCCCAGCUACAGCAACCUGUCAGACGACGGGUCGGACACCGAGCUGAGCCCAGGGUCCAGCCGCUCCCCGGUUUUCUCCUUUCUGGAUCUAACCUACUGGAAGAGGCAAAAGGUGUGCUGCGGAAUAAUCUACAAGGGUCGCUUCGGGGAGGUGCUCAUCGACCCCCAUUUGUUCAAACCGUGCUGCCGCAACAAACAGCGUCAGCAGCAGCAGCAACAAGAGGAAGAGGAGGAGGAGGAGGAAGAGGAGGAGGAGGUCGAGGUAGAGGAAGGCCAAGUGGGGGUGGAAAAACCCCAGCUGGAGGAGGGAGUGAAGGAGACGCCUACGGGCGAGAAGAAUGCAGAGCUGUGCGUCACCGUGACAACGCCUCCAGUCAGGAGCGGGGAGGAGGUGGCGGCGGGAGGCUGGUGAAGUCGAGCGCCCCCUCCCCCCACAUCUGGCAACGUCUCUGAAGAAGUCUCGGGCCGCGUCUCGUUUAUUUUGAGUUUGAUUUAAAUUUUCUUGUGAUUUUUUUUCUGUCCCGAGCUCUCGCAGGAAGACGGCGCCUCAGAUUGCCUUCAGUCAAAAGCAGCUAAAGAUCUCUCGGGUCUUCUCCGCCUGGAUUGUCUAUAAUGGUUAAAUGGUAACUUAUUGACUCUUGUUUGUCUCUUUGAACUUUAUUUGAUUCAGUUUUUUUUUUUUUUUUUUUU